AUAGUAAUGAAUGACCUUAGUUUGUAUUCAGAUCUUCGGAGGAAAGUUCUGGCUCAGCUGAAUGCAAACACAUAGUGCACAUAAUUUUUUUUGGAUAAUUUUAACAAUUUUUUCAAAAACUGUCACGUAAACUCCUUAACUUACAAUGGCAACUUUGGAUUCCAGUAAAUUACCCAUAGUGCGUAGAGCGUUGCAUGUUCCAUCUUUAGAAGAAAUCAAAGAUGUUCUAGCGCGAGCCUUGCCUGGAAACUUUGCUGAAUCAACAGUAGAAGUAGUUGAUUGUCCCGACCUUACUCAACAGCCGUUCACCCUUGCUGCUCCAGGUCUUGGUGGAGGUACAAAGCUUCUUGAAGUCGGAGGACCUCCAUUUUUAACUCCUCUUGUAAAUAGAGAAAAAGUAUAUGAUGUCAAAACUCUAUGUCAGAAUGUGAACCACAGUGGACGAGCUUUUGUAAUUGGAGCAGGAGCUGGGCCGUGGCCACAUUUCAAUUCCAAUUGCGAGUUAAUAAUGAACAUAUCAAUUUCGCCAUCCGAAGUUAAAAAUGAGACCCGCAUCGCUUUAGUUGAUCAAAAGGAUGGCAAAUGUGUUCAACAGAGUCUACCUAAGACUGAAACACGGUUCGCUCUACUCAGUAAUUUGUUCUUGAGCGAGGGUAAACCUGGAAAGGUAAUCAAGGUCCAUGCUAAGAAACGCACUGGCAAAGAUAAUUUUAUCACUACCAUUCGGAAGGCAUUAGCAGCACGUUACACAAAACAACUUGUCGGUUUGGGAGGCACAUUUCUGCUUAAAGAAGGUAAAGCCCACCAGCACAUUAUGCCGGACUUUUCCAUCACACCCCUAAAUAACGAUGCAGACGUGAACAAGUGGCUAAAUUUCUAUGACAUGUCUGCCCCAUUGAUUAUGGUCGGGACUCUAGUGACUUCUGAAACAGACGACUUGGAUCUACGAGUCCAACACUUUCAUAGCUUUUCUCAUCAUGGCGAGGCAGGACAUUACCAUGACGAUACGACUCCGGACACUGUAGAGUAUUUGGGAUACUUCAACGUUGGCGAGGCUCUUUACAGAAUAGAUCAGCCACCCGUUGCUCUGGGAUAUGGGAAAGAUUAGAUACAAUCUGCAAAAAGGUUCUGAAAAAGUUUGCAAUAUGGCUUCAUGUUUAACAUGUACAUAAAACACAUAUGCAAUUUUUUCUUAUAAUAAAGUCUAUUCCAGUUUAAAA